AAAAAGGAAUUCUCAUUGACACAGUAUUCAAUUUUAUAGGAAGUUUUUUCUUAGUGAAUUUCAAUGUUUUUUCUAUAGUAUUUUUAGUGAUCAUCGUUCUAUAAAGCAAUGUCGGGUCCACAGCCAUCUGGUGGAUGUCGUGGUAACUGGAAAAACUUUGCGAACACUCAGGAGGAGGAAGAUGCCUUCGAUUAUGUCAAAUGGAGGAACCAACCCAAACCAACCGGAGUUAUUGGGUCCGUGGCGCACAUGGUGAAAGGAGCCUUAGGAGGCGGAAUCCUCGGUGGUCACGUGGCCUACAUGAAGGCUGGUAUAUUUAUCGGCAUACCGUUCAACAUCUUUUUCGGAUUGUACAUGACAUAUUGUUUAUAUAUCUUAGUGAUAUCAGCUCAAAUACUUUAUAGAAGAACUCGUGUUACGUCGAUGUCCUAUCCCGAUGUUGGCGAAGCGGCGAUGGCGUGCUUUCCAAAUCCUAACGUUGCAAAAUACUCAAAAAUAUUCAGGUAUACAAUUGAUGCUAUAAUAUGUAUCGAUUUGUUUGGUGCCUGCGCCUGUUACCAAAUUAUAAUAGCUAAAUCCAUAAAACAACUCGUGGAAAACACGCAGAGAACACCUAUAGAGGGCCUUGGACCAGGUUAUCCCAAUUUGCGAGUAUACUUGGCGUGUAUGAUUUUGCCAAUUAUCCUUAUUUGUCUGAUAACCCAUCUGAAGUGGUUGGCACCUUUUUCAAUUGUGGCUAACGUCAUUAUAUUAUUCUGUAUAAUGUUAACCGUAUACUACGCAUUCCACUUCAAUCCGAAUUUCGAGAAACUGGUCAAAGUGACAAAGCUUUAUAACUUCUUUGAAUACGUCGGCAUGUCUGUGUUCAGCAUGUCGUGUUCGGGAGUGGUCAUUCCCAUCGAGAACAACAUGAAAGACCCAAGGAAAUAUCCUCAAGUUUUAAUGACUGGGAUGUCAUUGAUUAUCUGUUGCACAUUCUCGGUCUCAUUUUUCGGAUACGUUGGCUUUUUACAAGAGUGCGAGUCUCCUAUUACUGUCAACUUUCCAAUGACUCUCUUCCCCAAGAUCCUCAAAGGUGGUAUCGCUGUUAUGAUCUACGUUACCCACGCUCUCAACUACUGGGUCCCUUUCAACUUAUGUUUCUAUUAUAUCAAGUCACGUCAUGAUCAAAAUAAGAUUUUGAUGUGGGAACUUAUUUAUAGAGCGAUUUUUGUCGUCAUGAUUGGCAUCGUGGCUAUUAUCUUUCCAAACAUUAAUGCUCUUAUGGGAUUUCUGGGUACGUUUUGCUUAUCAAACAUGGCGUUCAUAUGGCCUAACAUGAUCUACCUAAUGACGAUCUGGCAGAGACCAGGCCUCGGCAAAUACAAUUGGCGUUUGUGGAAAGGGAUCGCAUUAAUUUCUAUAGGACUAUUUAUUUUGGUUUGCGGAACAGUUGUCAAUUUUAAUGAGCUAUUGUCUGUAUUUAGAUAAAAUAAUUGUGUUUUGGUCAUGUGAUUGUAAUAUUGGUUUAAAAGUUGGGACCAAUUUUUGCUUUAAGGUUGCUCGUUAAUUUGUAAAUUAGAUGACUCUCCUUGAUGAUAUAUUAUCAAAUUCAUAUAAUACACACCUUCAUCCAUAUUCACCUUCAUUUGACCUGUGUUGCGACUGGUUGCAAUAAAACUGAAAUGUUGCAAUGCAAUGAGCAAAAGAUGGUUUUGACUUUUAGGCGAAUAUUCAGUAGUGGUUAAAUUAUGUCCUAAAUUCAAUUAGUGUUCCCAUUCAUUACAGAGAGUUCCAAUCUAUAUCUAAUCUAUACAAUUUGAUAGCACUUUACAAAUUGGGAAGUAUUUUAUUAAAAUAGUCUAUAAUUGUAAUUCUUUG